AUGGCCGCCAGCUCCGACAACGCCGGCAACGCCAGCGCCGAAGGCCCAUCUCUCCGCACAGUCGUCUGCGGCCUCUCCCUGCCGUCGUGCGUCUUCAACUCGUCAAACCCGUUCGCAACAUCACUCGAGGACCUCCAGGCGCUCGACGCCUCCGCCGCCGGCGCCGUCGCCACGCGCACCGCGUGCCCCGGCUUUGUGCACGAUGAGGCUACGAUGAAGUGGGCCUCGCCUGACGGCGCAAACACGAUCAACUGCCUCGGCUACUCGCCGCUCCCGUUCGAGUACUACACGGGCUGCCUGCCGCAGCUCUCCGGCGCCAAGCCCUGCUGGCUCUCCAUCUCUGGCAGCGCGGAGGAGGUUGGUGCGAUGGUGCGCGAGGCUGCAGCGCUGGCACCGUCCCUGCCAGGCGGCCUCGCGGUGGAGAUCAACCUCUCGUGCCCAAACAUCGCCGGCAAGCCUCCCCUCGCGUACGACUUUGACGCGCUGCGAAACUACCUCGGCACCGUCUUUGCUGCCGGGCCGCCGCCGCCGACCCUCGCGGUCGGCGUCAAGACGACGCCCUAUUUCUACGACGCGCAGUACACCGGCGCCGCCGCCGUGCUGAACGGCUGCCCGCACCUGUCCUUUGUCACCGCCAUCAACACGGUCGGCAACGGCCUCUACGUCGACGUCGCCACAGAGGCGCCCCUCCUCGCUCCCAGCUGCUACGGCGGGCUGGGCGGCGCCGCGGUGCACGCCAUCGCUCUCGGCAACGUGCGGAGGCUGCGUGCGCUGCUGCGGCCGUCGAUCGCCGUCAUCGGCUGCGGAGGAGCUGCCUUCCGCCACCUGCUCUGCGGCGCCUCGGCGGUGAUGGUCGCCUCGGCGCUCCUGCACGAGGGCGUGGGCGUCUUCGCGAGGGUCGAGGCAGAGCUGCGCGGCAUCAUGGCCUCCAAGGGCUACUCCGCCGCAAGCUGA